GGGGUUCUCAACUCAGAUCAGCACAACACUCGGCCAACUUCUGAAGCUUCUGGGCCCUGCAGUCCCAGCUCUGUGCAAACCUAGCCCCAGCACCGCCAUGAAGCUCUUCGUGUCAGCCCUCUCUCUCCUCCUGCUCGUGGCUGCCUUCUGGGCUCCAGUGCUCUCAGCACCAAUGGGCUCUGACCCUCCCACUUCCUGCUGUUUCUCUUACACCUCCCGGAAACUUCAUCGAAACUUUGUGACAGAUUACUAUGAGACCAGCAGCCUUUGCUCCAAUCCAGCUGUGGUGUAA